AGUAAAAUCGUUGAGCCUACAAACAUGAACUGUUUCUUACUUCUAAUUUUGUUAUUAUUGGUGGUAAAGACUUAUUCUUCCUUGCGUUGCCCUAAUAAAGUUAGAGCACCAUUAGAAUUAGCUUUUCCAGAGCAGAUAAGAAAAUCAAUAAGCAAUCACAAAAGAAUAGUAAAUGGUAAUAUUGCUAAAUUUGGUCAAUUUCCUUGGCAAGUCAGUAUUAUUUAUAGAAUUGAACCAGGUGAAGAGUUACUUUGCGGUGGCUCUCUCAUUAGGCCCCGGUGGAUUUUAACAGCAGCGCAUUGUGCUUUUAGUGCUACUAAUUUUUCGAUACGUUUGGGUUCAAUAGUAAUGAGUGAUGAUGAGAAAAUGAUCACAAUUGAAACGACCAAAAGUAUUAUUCACAAUCACUAUAACAAUCGAAAUCUCAAUAAUGACAUCGCCCUAAUUGAUUUGGGAAGGAACGUUGAGAUUACUGACGAGAUAAAUACGAUUCAACUUCCUUCGAAAGGAGAAGUCCUUGAUGAAAACCAGAUCGUCGAAGUUAGUGGUUGGGGACUAACUACAGACAAUAGUGCCCAUCCUAGCUGGCUAUUAAGAUACAUACAAGUUAAGACCAUCAGCAACAGCAAAUGCGCUGAAGUAUUCGGAAAAGAUGCUGUGGGUACUAACACCGUCUGUACAGUUGGCGAAAGAAGGGAAAGCACUUGUGCCGGUGACAGCGGUGGUGGUUUGGUACUUAGAAACCAAGAUGGGCUUGCAAAAUUAGUUGGAGUUGUAAGUUUUGUCGCCAAGUCCGGCUGCGAGCGCGGGUUUCCCGCAGCUUUCGUUCGCACGGAACCUUAUUUGGACUGGAUUGUAGAACAUACUGGAAUUUCAUUGGAAUAAAAAGUUGAAUCAGCACAACUGUAUUUUUUUGUUUUUUUGAUUGUUUCGUCUAUCUUAUCUUUGACCAUUCGUGUAAUUAAAAAUUCCUUUUUGGGAAAUAAUCAUGCGGUAAGAUUACAAGUUCGAAUAAUUUGAUUUGAUAAACUCAAAAAAAAAAUAAUUAAAACCACGUGGAAGAAGGAAACAUGUUCAUAAUUCAAAAACGUACAGUCAAAAAAAUACAAUAAAAAGCAAUAAUUAAUUAAAAUUAAUAAAAGCAUUGUUUGAGUAUUCAAUGCUGAGUAAUUUUCAGUUGUUGUCUGGUAUUGGUUUCUUAUAUAGGUAUCACUUUUUCAGCGUAAUUUUUUAUCUUUGUCCGCGUUUUUCUUAAUUGUGAACGCGAUUCUGUCUUCCACGUGAUUAAUUAUAUAAAAUU